CCUUGAAAAGCUCGCUAUCCUGCUGCCCCAAUUAGGCUUCUUUUCUCGCGUUAUGGCUCUGCGAGAGACGAACUGGGAUGUCGACAAGGCACUUGCACUGCUGCGGCGGUUCGUAGCGGAGAACGACGUUCAGCUGAAGAGUUUACAGAAGAAACGCAAAAAGGUGCAGCGGGAGCUCGAGAAGCAGCAGGAGGCGCCCAGCACCAGCGGCAGCUCGGACAGCGAGGGGGGUUCCAGCGAAUCGGGCAGCGACAGCGGCUCCGACUCAGACGGCGGCGAGCGGAGAAAGCGCAAGCGCUCCGACAAGGACAAGAAGCGCAGCAGCAAGAAGAAGCGCGGCAAGGAUAAGGACAAGAAGAAGCGCAAGAGCAAGGACAAGCCUGCCACCGCCAAGACGCUCACGCAUUCAGAGGACUUUGGCAAAUACGGCAUUAUUCGCGAGAGCGACGCCUACGCCAAGCGCAACGAGUUCAUCCUGUGGGCGCUGGAAGUGAAGAAGACGGACGUGGAGAACCUGGGCAAGUUCGAGGAGCGGGACCUCUUCCGAGACUACAUGGAGGACUACAACACGGGCACCCUCCCUCACCGCAAGUACUACGACCUAGAGGCCUACGAGCGAGCUCGCGCCGCCAAGGCCGCUGCCAAGGGCGCCAAGCUGGCCUCCAAGCGCAAGUCGGCGGUCAACGACGAGGAGGCGCUGCGGCAACAGCGCGCCGAGGAGCGGCAGCGGCUGGCGGCGGAGCGGCUGCAGGAUGCGUACCGCGAGAUCAAGUACAGCGACAAGGGCCAGGACAUGCGCGAGCAGGAGCUGCUCCGUGCCCAGAUGGCGCUGGCCUACAAGACGGGAGACACCAGCAAGGCGCACCGGCUGCUGGACCGCCUGCAGCCGGACGAGCUGAAGAAGAAGUAAGGCCAGGCGCUGGCCGGCAAGCACACCCGCAAGCAGGCUGGAUGACAGGUCAUUUGGGGUCCCAGCGGUGCGGAGGGGGCGCUAGUGGUUGUGCUAGUUGGGUCAGGAGGAAGGAUUGUAGUUGCGGCGGGCAUGCGCGGCGAUUGGUGCGUACGGGUGUGAGGGUUCGUUGCGCCCGCGCCUAUGUCCGGCCAAUCCACGCGUUAGUGCUGCGGAUGAGUUGGUCUGCGCGUUGUACAUAUAACAGCUGUGUAUACAAGGUGGAAGUAGCUUUGUACAAUUGAUGGAGGGCCCCUCUUACCUGGGGAUAGUCGGGAGAGGCACAGGGUGGGGGUGUCUCCUGGAUUCCGGUAGCGUACCGCAUUGUUUAGGAGUUGGCCGCAGCUUUGGGUUGUGUGUUCUAGGCUGUAUUGCCCGACAACCAUCCGCAGUGUUUUCUUGAUAGGCAAGUGGGGUGCGUCGCAUGCGUACACCAGGUGUGUCAGCUAUUGUAUGGAGUACGAUUGGGAUAGGUCGUACUUACCUCGGGCCUUGCCGAGCCGUACCUAAUGCAUGCCCGGUUCUGCAUCAAGUAUACCAUGCAAGUUAAUGCACACGAGGGGAAUACAAAGUAGUUGCAAUGCGCCACUUUCUUAGGGCACUUGCGUGGGGUCGAGGCCAAGGAGAAGCAGCACCAUCCUACCCCCAAAACCUUCAGUUAUGUAAAUACGACGAGAAGAGAGAUAAGCCAGACACUGCAAACACU